CCGGCACGAAUAUCGCACGAGUUUCGAGAUGUAGAUAAUAUAUGGAUAAAGAUACUAGUUUAUUUCAUCAGAUUAUAGAACGUGUUGGUUAAUAUUUGUGGUCAUACAUAGUAUAAUCAACAUUUCUGGCAUCGUGUAGUUUCGUGUGCAUGUCCGGUGAUUAAAAUGUCAACGCUCGACCGGAAGACAUUGAACGCCCCAUGGUGAGCGGGUGUGUGGUUUAUUUGCUCCUCGAAUUUCAGUCGCCGGGAGGGAAGUGGCUCGAACGGAAGACCGCCAAAAGACGCCCUCGAGCCGAACGCAGCACCGGGCAUGCCCCGGGCCUUGUGAACAGUCUGUUGGGACACCAAAAUGACGGUGGAUUUCGAAGAGUGUGUCAAAGAUUCGCCCCGCUUCAGGGCAAAUAUUGAGGAAGUGGAGACAGAGGUGGUGGAGAUUGAGGCAAAACUGGACAAGUUGGUGAAGCUCUGCGGCGGCAUGAUCGACGCCGGCAAGGCGUACGUCGGCGCCAGCAAACUUUUCAUCGGCGGCAUCCGGGACCUGUCGCAGCAGUGCGAGAAAGACGAAACCAUCUCGGAGUUCCUGGAAAAGUGUGGCCAAAGCCUUCAGGAAAUUAUCAACUUCCACAUCAUGCUUUUCGAUCAAGCUCAGCAUUCAGUCAAGCAACAGCUGCAGCACUUUGUCAAAGAGGACGUGCGCAAGUUCAAGGAGACCAGGAAACACUUUGAGCGGGUGCGCGAGGACGUGGAGAUGGCGCAGGUGAAGAACGCGCAGGCGCCCAGGACCAAAGCUCACGAGGUGGAGGAAGCCACUUGCGCGCUCGACGUCGCCCGAAAGCGCUUCCGUCACCUGGCCCUGGACUACGUUCUGCAGAUCAAUGUCUUCCAGGCCAAGAAGAAAUUUCAGAUCCUGGAUGCGAUGCUGUCCUUCAUGCGUGCCCAGUACUCCUUGUUCCAACAGGGCUUCAGGCGCCUGGAAGAGGCGGAGCCGUACGUCAAGAAGUUGGCGGCCGAGCUGGAUCAGCUGGCGAUCGACUCGGCCAGGGAGAAGAGAGAGCUGGAGCACAAACACGCAACCAUCCAGCAGCGGGAUUUGGCUUACGACGACUCGAGGGCCGAGUUCAAUGCGGACUCUCCCAACGGCGUAGCGAUGGAAGGAUACUUGUUCAAGAGGGCCGGCAACGCCUUCAAGACGUGGAACAGGCGCUGGUUCUCCAUCCAGAGCAGCCGGCUGGUUUAUCAGAAGAAGCUCAAGGACUCUCUGACGGUGGUGGUCCACGACCUGCGUCUGUGUUCCGUCAAACAUUGCGAGGACAUCGAGAGGCGCUUCUGCUUCGAGGUGGUCUCCCCGACCAAGAGCUGCAUGCUGCAGGCCGAGUCCGAGAAGCUGAGACGAGCUUGGAUUCGGGCGGUCCAAGCCAGCGUUGCCUCGGCCUUCAGGGAAAGUCCCGACAGCCUCCGCAGCGAGCAUCUGGACAAAGCGGCCUCGCCAUCCAGCAGCAGCGUCGAGUCGGCCGGCGAAUGGCGAGAGCGCGGCGGCGGCGGCGAUGGAGACGGCGACGGCAUCCUGCAGAGGAUCCUGUGCCUGCCCGGCAACCAGCAGUGCUGCGACUGCGGUCAGGCCGACCCUCGUUGGGCGUCCAUCAAUUUGGGGAUCCUGCUGUGCAUCGAGUGCUCCGGCAUCCACAGGAGUCUCGGCGUUCACUGCUCCAAAGUGCGAUCGCUCACGCUGGAUUCGUGGGAACCCGAGUUAUUGAAGCUGAUGUGCGAGCUGGGCAACGGUGUCGUCAAGCACAUCUACGAGGGCUCCUAUCGUGAAGGGCAAGGUGUAAGGAAAGCCACGGCGUCCAGUUGCAGGCAGGAGAAGGAGGCCUGGAUCAAGGCCAAAUACGUGGAGAGAAAGUUUGUGAAGAAGCUGAUGGCCGAGCCCAGUCUCCUCAACGGCGACAGGAAGUCGACCCGGCGCCGGCGCGUCCAGAAGUGUCGCAGGCACAACAGCGCUGCCGCGGUACCAAAGACACGGCAGCGGUACAGAGAGGAGCUCCGGAGCGCCUCGCCGGCCAGCCCCUCUUCAGCUGCUGCCAAGUCGAGACGAGAGUCCUUGUUUUGUCCCGCUGAGCUGGAUUCCCUUUUCUCCUACUUCCACGCAGGAUCUGGACCUGGAAGCCUCAGCAGCGACAGCGGUUUAGGCAGCACCGACGGAAGCACCGACUUUCUGGUGACGGGGCCAAUGGUGGACAGCGUGACGGAGGAAGAGUGUGAGGCAUCCGAGGCCUCGAGCGACGAGGCCCAUCACGACACGUCGGACCCGGAGGACAUCAGGUACCUCCACCCCGGGGCGCUCCUGUACAGAGCGGCCAAAGCGCGCAACAUCACCGUCAUGGCCGAAGCGCUGGCGCACGGCGCAGAUGUCAACAUGGUUAAUAAGGAGGAUCAAGAGAAGACGCCCCUCAUCCAGGCUGUGAUUGGGGGUUCCUUGCUGGCCUGCGAGUUCCUGCUCCAAAACGCCGCUGAUGUCAAUCAAAGAGAUGCGAGAGGGCGGGGGCCCCUGCAUCACGCCACCUAUCUGGGCCACACAGGGCAGGUGUGUUUAUUCCUAAAACGAGGCGCCACCCAGAACGACGGCGAUGAGGAUGGCCACGACCCGUUGAGCAUCGCGGUGCAGCAAGCCAAUGCCGACAUUGUCACACUGUUGCGUCUGACCAGGAUGAACGAGGAGAUGCGCGCGUCGGAAGGAGGCUUCACCCAAGCAGGAGACGCCACGUACCUGGACAUCUUCCGAGAAUUCUCGCACAUGGCGUCCCACAAUCCCGAGAAGCUGAAGAGGAGGAGCGUGCACUUCAGACACUCCUUCAGGUAGCCAAGCCAGGGGACCACCGUUCUACCCGGUUUUUCUCUUAUUCUUGUUUUUAUUACACAUACUUUUUGCUUCGUGCUUUCAUUUGUCCACAAGGAUUUGCAGGUCUUAUCCUCGGAUGGAUCUAUUUUUUUCCCCCCCACUCAUUCACUCCCAAAGACGUUUUUAAACGUCUUUUCAGACUUGGUCCAGAAUUGGCUGCUACUGAAUGAGUUCAAUGCGGGGGUGGAUUUUAGUAUUGACAUUGUUUUUACGUAAAUAGACCGACGAUAUACAUGCCAAUGUUCAUCCCAGUCAUAUGUGCCUUUCAUUCCCAUGGAAAAUUCCCAACUAUGAAAAUCCCCAGAUUUUUUUGCCACCGUUCACAUUCGUCAAAGACAUCAAAGUUAAUCGUUGGGAAAAUCUUGCUGUGAACCACGGUGCCGUUUGAAAUGAUGAGAUGCAAUCAAAUGUCAGUAAACAAAGUUGACAAGUUC